GGGGAGGGCAGAGCCCCGCAGCGCUCUCUGGCGGCCCUGCCGCGGGGGCGGUGUCCGAGCCGGGGAAGCGGAGGGGACCGGGACGGGAACCGGGACCGGGACAGCUGCCGCAGCGCGGGUAUCGCGGGCCCUCUUCCUCCUCCGAUCCGCGGGCUGCCUGCCGCUCCCCGCUGCCGCUGGGGCCGGCUCCGCUCCGCUCGCUUCAAGCAGGAAGUGCGGGGCACGGCCUGGCCGCUCGGAGGCGGCGGAGGGGCCGCCCGGUUGCCGGCUCCGGUUGCCGCCGCUGGGCCGCUCGCCGGGCCCGACGCCUGUCAGCGCUGCCUCUGGCUGAGGCGGGGCCGCCCGGACGCUCACACCCCGCCUGGGGAGCCCGCGGCGGGGCCCGGCCCGGCCCGCGAAACAUCUCCCGCGACCGUGCCCUCACCCGCGACGGGUUCGUCUCCGGCUGGAAACGCUCGUUUUCAUGGAAUGGAGGGGAAAAAGCUGAUUUCUGCGACAGACACACAGUAUUCUAGUGUGCUCCUUCAGUCUCUGAAUGAACAACGUGGUCAUGGGCUUUUUUGUGAUGUCACUGUCAUCGUGGAGGACCGGAAGUUUCGGGCUCACAGGAACAUCCUUUCAGCCUCAAGCACAUAUUUUCACCAGCUUUUCUCAGUGGCUGGGCAAGUGGUUGAACUGAGCUUUGUAAGAGCAGAAAUUUUUGCAGAAAUUCUUAACUAUAUUUAUAGUUCCAAAAUAAUCAGCGUUCAGUCCGAUUUACUUGAUGAACUGAUUAAAUCAGGGCAGCAGCUGGGUGUUAAAUUCAUAGCUGAUCUGGGCACACCUCCACCUGAAGGAAAAACCACGCCAAGUGAGGUCAAAGAUGGUGCUUCAGAAACUUCAACUUCUACCCUGGGUCAGAAGGAUGCUGAAACACAAGUACCUGUGGUGAGGCCAGAGAGUCAGGAGGUGACAGAUGGCAUGCCUGUUAUAACACAGUCAUUCUCCUUGCAUGGCAUAGAAUAUGAGACUACAAAAAUUACAGUGAGUGAUUCAGAUGAUGAGGACGAUGAUGAUGUCAUUUUUUGCUCAGAGAUUGCUCCCCCAAAAGAAUGCACUAAAGAUACAAAUGCUGCCACCCAGAACCAACCUUGCCCAAGCCAAGCAGGAGAUUCUGACCAAAAACCAUGUGGCAUUGGGGGCUCUUCCCAUCUGACCAGCACCCCAGCAGCUCAAAACCUCACUUUGUCUGCCAGUCAGCUAAACCCAAACCCAGCACAGUCGAGUGCCACGCCACUCGUCUCUGCAGCACCACAGCAUUUGACUCCCAACAUCAUUGUGCUCAACAAGCCUCAGCUGAACGCGUCGCUCAGCGCCGGCGCCUCCCUGCAAACACACGUGACCCCUACGAUUGAUUUGCUGGAGGAGAACCAGCAGCCACCUGAUAACAGCUCUGUAACUGGAGUGCAAACCACUGCUGUUGAUGUUGAAGAGGUUGUAGAAGAUGAUGUCGAUAUCAUUAGCUCCUCCAGUCCUGGUUCAGUCAGUGGCUUGUUGGCUCAGCCACCUUCUGCAGCCAAGGCAGCAAGCAUUGAAGGAUCAGGUGUGCAGAAAAAACAGGUGGUUACACUUUCACAGGAACCCUUUUGUAAACCUGGAGAUUUUAAAAUAAAAAUUUCAGAUGUCCUUAGUGGAAACAAGGAAUUCAAUUCAGGUGUAGCAUCAAAGAAUGCAGCAGAGGGGCAGAAAAUCAUCACACUGGAUAAAACGACCGAAAUAGGAGGCCUCUCCACAGGCUGCAAGGUUUAUGCAAAUAUUGGGGAGGAUACCUACGAUAUAGUCAUUCCUGUGAAGGGCAGCUCUGAGGAAGGUGAAACCAAACCUGAUGAAACACCCAAAACAUCUGGUGGCGCCGAGUCUUCGAACAGGAAACGUAUGAAAGUAAAGCACGACGACCACUACGAGCUCAUAGUAGAUGGGAGAGUCUACUACAUCUGUAUUGUGUGCAAGAGAUCAUACGCCUGUCUGACCAGCCUACGGAGACAUUUUAAUGUUCAUUCCUGGGAGAAGAAGUACGCCUGUCGGUACUGUGACAAAGUUUUCCCUCUUGCAGAAUACCGCACAAAGCACGAGAUUCACCACACCGGCGAGCGGAGGUACCAGUGCUUGACCUGUGGCAAAUCUUUCAUCAACUACCAAAUUAUGGCCUCCCAUGUGAGAUCAGUUCAUAGCCAAGACCCUUCUGGAGACACCAAGCUGUAUCGGCUGCACCCCUGCAGGUCUCUGCAGAUCAGACAGUACGCCUACAUCACCAAUCGCUCCAGCAGCUUACCUGUAAUAAAUGAGGGUGGAAUUGUUUAUCGUGUUGGCUCAGGGAAAGAUGGCACUGAAGGGACAACAUCCAGCUCUCCAUCCAAACAAAUUACCUGGGAUGACAUUUUCAUCCCCCAGGGAAACGAAGCGAUUUUAAAACAAAAUCCCUCAGAGGGAAGUACUGAAUUUGAGUUUGUAAUACCGGAAUCUUACUGAAACGCGUUAACUGCUGAGGGAGGUGUUGCAGGAGUGUUGCAGCUGUUCUGAAUGAACUGUUCAAGUCUCUGUAAAAGCAAAUGUUAAAGUUUGAGCAGGUUAACUUGUUCUACCAACUCAUCAAAUGGUAGCACUUGGGUGGAUCAUUGGCAGCUGUGAUUUGUGUAAGCAAUUAAUCUGAACCUUUACUUGAAGAGAGAAUAAUAAGUUUUCAAGGAUUAGGCAGUGUCUUGUGGGAUGUUAAUCUUGAUCAAUACAUGGGGAUUUGUAGCUUGAAAAGGUAUAAUUUCUUUCGAAGAGCUAGAAAUUUCUCUUCUAAAGCAAAUGAGGUAUUUCCUGUACCCAUACUUACUAUGUAAACCCUUUCUUUCACGUUAGCACUUCUAUGCUGCAUUCUGUUCAGCUGUUACUCAAGGAAACAGAUUUUCCAUCGUAGUCUCUUGAAUGUGGAACUG